CUCCUAGGGUCUCUAAUGUUAUUGGUAGCAUCGUCGUCGUCGUUGUAUCUAACACUUGCACGUCUCCUACGUUCGCUAGAUAACUUUUGCUAUACGCUUUCGGGGGCUCUGAGCACCCCACAAUAAGUACGAAUGGGCACUCAAAUGGGCGGCCCAGGCGGCGGCCGCAAGAUCCAGAAACCCAUCCCCCCCGAACGCGGCUCCUUUCCACUCGACCACGACGCCGAGUGCAAAUCCUUCAUGACAUCCUACCUGUCCUGUAUCCGCACGCAUCGCGGGCAGAACGCGACGCCGUGUCGGCUACUGAGUAAGGAGUAUUUGGAGUGUCGGAUGACGCAUAACCUGAUGGCACCGGACGAGAUGCGGAAUCUGGGGUAUGGCGAGGAGUUUGAGCGGGAUGUGAAGCGGAUUAGAGUUGGCACGGGUGGGAGUGUAUCGGAUGUGGAGGCUGGGAAGCCGCCGGAUAGGAAGCAGGAUGAUAGGCCGGAGAUCAAGUGGUGAUGGGGGGAGGUGGUGGUGUUGGUUGUGGUGAGAGGGAAGGGAGAGGUGGUGUUUGAGUAUGGGCGUGUACGAUAUAUCUAUAGUGAGAGGGAGAUGUGGAUAUUUGGUGUAAAAUACAUAGAUGAAAGAUGUGGUACGGU